AUGGGUAAGAAGGUGAAACUUCAAUGGGUGGAAAAUGAUAGAGCUAGGAAAGAAUGCUUUAGAAAGAGGAAGGCAAAUUUGUUAAGGAAAAUGGAUGAAAUAACCACCUUAUGCCAAGUGAAUGCCUUUGCCAUCGUAUACGGGCAAGAAAACAAUGAUCCAACGUUGUGGCCUUCUCACCCGGAGGUGGAAGAACUGAUUAAAAGGUUCUUCAGCAUACCGAAUGUGGAGCGGUACAAGAAGUCGUUGAACCAAGAGACGUAUCUUCUGGAGAGGGCGGUCAGAUUCCGAGAAAGAAUAAAAAAGAUCAACAAACAGAUUCGGGAAAUGAAAGUGAACAAACUCGUGCAUCAAGUUCACGAAGGUAAAUCACUGAAUGAAUUUGAAAGAAGUGACAUGACUGAUUUGGUUUCCUUUUGUGAGGAAAAAAUGUACGGGAUCAAGAAAUUGGUUGCGCAUUUGGAGAAAGAGGACCCGAAUCGCGAACAAGGCACCUCCAACUAUGAGAAAGGGAAGGAGAUUGAGAACGCUGCUGGUAAUAUUGCUGCCAAUGGGAUUGAGAACUCUGGAGAUGCCCUAGGGCUGGGGCUGAUGUCUCACAGUGGAGCUGGAAAAGAGGUAGGGCAACCUGAUGUGAGCCAUGAGAUGGUAAAGCAAAGUGAGAAUAUAACUGGAAAAAAAGGUAAGCGCAUUAGACUGAUGGGUGUUGCUAUCGAAGGCAGCGUUGCAGAUGAUGAUGAUGCAGAGGAUCCGCCACAGCAUGGUAACUAG